GAGUCGAACGUGGAAGUAGGGAGCAGGCGGAGGCCGGCGCGGAGCUGUAGCUAAGCAAGCCGGGUCUGGCUUUGGGCCCUGGGCCUUCCUGCCGGGGACUCUGCGCCUGCGCCCGCCUGGCCGCCGCCUGCUCUCCCGGCGCGGCAGCUGUCUGGGCUGCUGCGCGCCGCCUAGGUGUCUGGGCGAUCCAUGGGCAAGAGCAAGGGCCACGAUGACAGAUUACGGCGAGGAGCAGCGCAACGAGCUGGAGGCUCUGGAGUCCAUCUACCCUGACUCCUUCACAGUAUUAUCAGAAAAUCCACCCAGCUUCACCAUUACUGUGACGUCUGAGGCUGGAGAAAAUGAUGAAACUGUCCAGACUACCCUCAAGUUUACAUACAGUGAAAAAUACCCAGAUGAAGCUCCCCUUUAUGAAAUAUUCUCCCAGGAAAAUCUAGAAGAUAAUGAUGUCUCAGACAUUUUAAAAUUACUAGCAUUACAGGCUGAAGAAAAUCUUGGUGUGGUGAUGAUUUUUACUCUAGUGACAGCUGUGCAAGAAAAAUUAAAUGAAAUAGUAGAUCAGAUAAAAACUAGAAGAGAAGAAGAAAAGAAACAAAAAGAAAAAGAAGCAGAAGAAGCUGAAAAGCAAUUAUUCCAUGGUACUCCAGUUACAAUUGAGAAUUUCUUAAAUUGGAAAGCCAAGUUUGAUGCAGAACUCUUGGAAAUUAAAAAGAAAAGGAUGAAAGAAGAAGAACAAGCAGGAAAAAAUAAAUUAAGUGGGAAACAACUAUUUGAAACAGAUCAUAAUCUUGACACAUCUGAUAUCCAGUUCUUGGAGGAUGCUGGAAACAACGUGGAGGUAGAUGAGUCUUUGUUCCAAGAAAUGGAUGACUUGGAGCUGGAGGAUGAUGAAGAUGAUCCAGACUAUAAUCCUGCUGACCCAGAGAGUGACUCAGCUGACUAAUGGACUGUCCCCAUCUGCAGAGAGGCUUGACUGCCACAGCAUCUGUGGCUAUGCUCAGAGGGUUAUGAUUUUCCUUUCUUUUUUUCUAAGAAAAAAUUAUUUUCAGGAGAAUAUUCUUCUGAUAGCUUUCAUCAUUGAACUUAAUAAACUGACCUUAAAAUUUCAAAUAUAAAA